AUUGUUGCAAGCAUGAAGUUCUGAAAUAGGGACUUUACUAGCCAUAUGUAUGUAGUAGUGAUAUAGUUUUAGUUUGUGGACUUUUCUCAUCUCAAGUGGUCAAAUCAAAUAUUCUUGAAAUCAUUUCGUUCGAGGUUAUAUCAAGGUUCAAGAAGAGAAACCAGAAAGUGGGAAAAAGAAUGCCCAAGAAAUUUAUGUAGUCCAUUUAAUUCAUCAACCAUCAUCUUCAGUUCUUAUAAGAAUGAGUACUUAAUGAUUUUGAAACUUAGAUUUAAACAUUAAAAAAGUGCUUUACCAAAUGUCUCUAAAUAUUCCAAGACUCAUUUUUACAUAAAUUUCAAUCGGUACCUAUCCAAAACAAUAAAUGCCGAAGAAAAAAGGACAGAAAAAAAUCUCUAACCAAGAUUUUACCAUAAAUGAUUGUGCUAAUGCACCUAAACCAGUUGGAAAGUUGAAGAAGUCUGUUGAUGCUGCCCCUCCUGUUGAACUAUCUUGGGAUCAAAUUCAGGAUGAGGAGUGUGACUUGGUGGAGGAGUAUGACGAGAAUGGUAUCAAGAGUAUUGUUUAUAGAAAAAAAAGAAAUCACUCUAAGUCUGAAGGCGAUAAUAAUGAAAAUGCAGGUGUCAUAUAUCCUGAGAUUGUAUGGUACUUAAUAUCAAAGUUCAUAAAACCAGAAGAUGUUGGAAGGUUUGCUGGUAUAAACAAAAGUACAUAUGCGAUGACCAAACGUGAGUCAUUCUGGAGAUUGCUAUACCAAAAAUAUUGUAAAAACAACCCAAAUUUGCCAGAAAGAUUACGUCUAGAGAACAGUUACAAAGUUUAUGGGCUUCGGCAAAGAGUUAUUAGAGCCCUUUAUCACUCAUAUGAAGUAUUUACAAAGAAAGUAGUUAACCAGUCUGCACAUGACAGUAAGCCUCACGAAUUGGUGAAACGGUGCUGUGUUAAUGUUUGGUUCACUAAGGGUCUCCAUCAUUGGUUGAUCUAUUUUAAAUUCAAGAAGUUACAUCCCAUGCAAAGGCUCCAAAAUACAGCUAGUUUAAUUGAGGAACUUGGAAGAGUUGAUGCUAAUCCAGAGGAGAAUUCACAAGUUUUGCAGGUAACAUGCCAAAACUUCUAUGAGGUGCCUCCAUUGAUGGGUAUGACUCUAUCAUCAGUUAGUGUUGUAUUAUCCCAAGGGUUUAGACAUCAUAGACUUCACCUCGGCUUUAAUACAGGUUCCCAUAAUGUUUCCAGAGAUAUACUGCCAGAAUGUACUGUGAUUUUAGAUAGUGUUAUAAACAUUGUUGUGUAUGAUUGGUGGCAUCCAAAGUACCCAUAUUUUGAUAAUAAAUUGCCUUCAAACAUGAGAGAUGAGGAAGCAUUACCUGUUUUAAAGAAAGACUUUUUCAACUGUUAAGAGAAACAUUAUUGAUAAGAUAAAACAUAUGUGAUACAUAGAAUAAAAGACCAAUUAUAUAUUUUUUGAUUGU